CCCGUCUUAUUCAAGACCCCAUUUUUUGAGAAGCGUCUUUGCUUUUCUACGUUCAAUGUCAGAGAGUUCUGCAAGGCGAAGACGUGCGAAGGCCGUGGCAACUGCUGAAUGUAUUGCUGCAUAUUCUCCAGCGACUAGAGGUUCUGGUUGUUUGGCAAUUGCUGAAGAUGUUGCAAACAUUGUUACGCAUGCAGUCUCAAUUCCUGCUGUUGUCUUCGCUUUUCUGGAACUUCAAUUGCGCACAAAUACUGCAAGAGAAUUUUUUGUUCUAGCUCUAUAUGGUGGAAUGAUGCUUUCAUUGUUUGCUGUUUCGGCCGUUUAUCACUUCAUUUGUCUACUUGUUCGGAUAUAUCCAACCGGGGAAGGUACAUGCGUGUCCUUCUUCGAAUGGCUGAUCGUUCAAUGA